ACUCUCGUAUUUUCCCGUCCCACGGGAAUAUAUCCACAUUACCCAAAAGAAAUUGUCGAAUCGACCCAAGGUAUCGCCAAAGUUUGCCUACAUACUCCAGUCAAAUGGCAGACCGCGACCGCUCGCGCGACCGCGAGGCCCUCGACAUUUCCGACGACAUCUCUGAAGACGGUCUAUACCCCCCUCAUCCAUCAUCAUCAUCACCGCCAACGCGUCUCAGCCGGUUCGCGCGGCCGUUAAUCGACUACGUCCGUAACGAGUGGCAAUCAAAUUCUGGUGCAAAAUACAGCCAUUUAGGGAGCGCCUCGUCGAAUUCCGUCUCGGACCGAACCGACGCUCCGAGAUGGGUACAAAUCGUGCUGUCGAUCGUUGCUGCGCCGCGUUUUCGACGAUACGUGCUCGUUUACCUUGCUCUGUUGGGGGCUUGCAUAUUGGGGUGGCAGUUCUUCCUGUUUCCGCGGUUAAAGGAGAACUCGGCGAUAUUGACGGCGCUAGAUCCGAAGGAGAAGUCAAAAGUUGGAGGUUGGUUCGGCGCGAAUGCGGUGCCGCAGUUGGAAGACAUGAUUCAACUUAAGACAUUAGAUCCGGCACUGCUGCCGGCCAGGGAGGCGAAGGAGGAUGAUAGUAAGCAUAGCUCAAGGAGAUUAGUUAUUGUUGGGGAUGUGCACGGGUGCAAGGAGGAGUUGGAAAAACUCCUCGACAAAGUCUCCUUCCAGGAAGAACGCGACCACCUAAUCUUCACCGGCGAUCUCAUUGAAAAGGGGCCUGACAGCCUAGGCGUCGUGGACCUCGCCCGACACUACAACGCCUCCUGUGUCCGCGGCAACCACGACAGACCGCCUCCUUGUCCUCCGUCACGACAUGCUCGAGUCCAAUAUCACUGACGACUCAUGGGACAUCGCUCAUCCAGAGUCCGCCAAGUCCCGCGAACUAGCACGUCAGUUGUCCGCCGAGCAAGCAGAAUGGCUUGACGCAUGCCCCGUCAUCCUGAAUGUCGGUCAGAUCACGAAUAUGGGACAGGUUGUCGUCGCCCACGCCGGGCUUAUCCCAGGCGUCGAUCUCGACAGGCAGGAUCCCUACAGCGUUAUGAAUAUGAAGACUGUCGAUUUGCCAACACACGUGCCAAGCUCAUCACUAGAGAAGGGCGUGAAGUGGACGAAGCUCUUCAACAAACAUCAAACCCUCUCCCUCGAGUCCAAAAAUGGUGUCAUGACAGUCAUUUAUGGACAUGAUUCCAAGUCGGGCUUGUCAUUAAAGGAGUACACUAAGGGGUUGGACACUGGCUGCGUCAAGGGCGGGAAGUUGACUGCUAUGGUUAUCUCCGAUGGCGGGAAGCAGGAGAUCGUGCAGGUCAAAUGCUCGACUGAUUACGCCAAGGAUGAAGAGAAAGAAAAGGAUGACAAGAAGCGGAAAGCGAAGGGAAAGUAGCGCCUGAAUUAUCAGCACUGAAGUCAUUUAUAUUCAUCUACCUAAUGUUGGCAUUUUGGGUCUGGUCGUCUGGCAUGACAUGGCACAUAAUUAUUCUCUCUUUUUCACAUAUUUUGGAAGAACAUCGUUGUUUCAUAAUGUAUUGGCAUGCACAUGGUGGGUUUCAUUUCGGGCCGACGAGUCGGCGAGAGAUUUCUAGUUUGGUCAGUUCUGGAUGCAACUGGUUAGUGCUAUAUAGAAUUUAGUUGGGCUCUGGG